GCUUCCUCGCAACGCCGCCGAGCCUGUGGGAGCUGCCGAAGCUCCGCGAGGAGGACGGCGGCGAGGGCAGGUUGCCGGCCGCUGCGGGAAGAGGGCAAGGUCAAGAGCUGGGGAAGAACGAAAGAGCUGUCUCACUGGGGCGGCGGUCCGAAUCUGUUGAAAGUGGCUGUGAGGGUAAAGCACAAUGAAGAACCAAGAUGGGGAAGGCAGCACUGCUCCCCUCCCUGCCAGCACUUCCAAAAUGAGCAGCAGCCCAGGGCUGGAAGAUAGUGAGCCUCCCACAGCAGCCCCCGGAAGCAGUGAAUCUUCCCCCCAGCCCAGCAUGUGCAACGUGAAGCCUUUGGUCGAUGGGAGUGUUGAGAUCCCAGUGAGCAAGGAACAGAGCAAGAAAGAAGAAGCACCUCAGGCUGAGGAGACUGCAGCUCAGCCUGUCGCCUGUGAUGUCUCCGAAGAGCUGAGCAGACAGCUGGAGGACAUUCUGAGCACGUAUUGCGUGGACACGAAUCAGGAGGGCCCUGGAGAUGACAGUGGGCAGAGCGAGCCUGUUGAAUUGGAUGAAGCCGAGAAAUGUCGGAAUGAGUCCCUGAGGAACGGUGAACAGGAACCGAGUUGCCCUGAGAUAAAUGGAGAGAAAGAGGGUCCAAGGGGAGCUGGUGAUGAGGGCAGUGAGCGUGAUCAGAAGCGCACCCAGGAAAAAAAGAAGGCCAAAGGGCUUGGGAAGGAAAUCACACUGCUGAUGCAGACCCUCAAUACUUUGAGCACACCCGAGGAAAAACUGGCGGCCCUCUGCAAGAAGUAUGCUGAGCUGCUGGAAGAGCACAGAAACUCUCAGAAACAAAUGAAAAUCCUCCAGAAGAAGCAGGCCCAGCUGGUGCAGGAGAAGGACCAUCUACGGAGUGAGCAUAGCAAGGCCAUCUUGGCCCGCAGCAAGCUGGAGAGCCUGUGCCGGGAGCUGCAGAGGCACAACCGCACCCUCAAGGAAGAGGGUGUCCAGCGUGCCCGUGAGGAGGAGGAGAAGCGCAAAGAGGUGACAUCCCAUUUCCAGGUGACACUAAACGACAUCCAGCUGCAGAUGGAGCAGCACAACGAGCGCAACUCCAAGCUGCGCCAGGAGAACAUGGAGCUGGCAGAAAGGUUGAAGAAGCUCAUUGAGCAGUAUGAACUGCGGGAGGAGCACAUCGACAAAGUCUUUAAACACAAGGACCUGCAGCAGCAACUGGUGGAUGCCAAACUCCAGCAGGCCCAAGAGAUGCUGAAGGAGGCUGAGGAGAGGCACCAGCGAGAGAAGGACUUCCUGCUGAAAGAAGCUGUGGAGUCCCAGAGAAUGUGUGAACUGAUGAAGCAGCAGGAGGCACACCUCAAGCAGCAGCUAGCCCUCUAUACGGAGAAGUUUGAGGAGUUCCAGAACACGCUUUCCAAGAGCAGUGAGGUUUUCACCACUUUCAAGCAGGAAAUGGAGAAGAUGACCAAGAAGAUCAAGAAGCUGGAGAAAGAAACCACAAUGUACAGAAGCCGCUGGGAAAGCAGCAACAAAGCCCUUUUGGAAAUGGCAGAAGAGAAAACACUUCGGGACAAAGAAUUAGAAGGGCUGCAAGUGAAAAUCCAGCGCCUUGAGAAGCUCUGCCGGGCACUGCAGACGGAGCGCAAUGAUCUGAAUAAGAAGGUGCAGGACCUGUGCUCUCUUGCCCCUCCAGCUGCCGGCACAGACACACAACAGUCUUCAAAGGACCAGUCCCAAGGUGGCUCAGAGGAGCCAGCACUGCAGGGCGCCGUGGUGGGAGCGUGUCUUACGCCAGCACAGGCUGUGUGCGUCACAAGAUCUGAAGAUCUUGGGGAAGCAAGCACAGGAGAACCACCUCGGGAUGAGACUGAGGAAGCUGUUAACUCUGCUGAGUAAAGGUGGAAGAAGGGAGAGUAGCUAGCAAACCUCUCCAGAGACUGGUCGGUUCCUUGUUCCAGGCCCAGGCCCGGUCCUCCUGGGCAUUAAGGUUUUCCAUUUAAAGCUUUUGACAAUACUGAAGGCUCCUUUCUCUUUCUUUCUUUCUUUCUUUCUUUCUUUCU